CCUCUUGGCCUGCAUGUAGUUAAGAUAGCUAAUGUAGUGGGAAACACACUGAAAAAGUUUGAUCGGUUGGAAUUGCGGGAAGGACGAAGAGCCAAGCAAGACUGUCGUAGUGACCUCACUGGCCUAAUAAAUACACGCUCGACCCUAUAGGCUACGAUUGCUCCUUCCCACUCAACUGAGGAUCUGCAUCACGGUUAUAUUCCAGUCUGGAUAUAGGAUAAUAGGAGUGUGCCCUUGUCCUCCUGGUACAAUGUGGCUCUCCUCCGCGCUCUGUUCAGCGUUGGCAGUCCUAGGUAGCGCCGCAAAUCCGCUGACGAGGAGGACGGCUCUUGACGACUGCCUGAUCGCCGCCCAGGUCCCGGUCGACGCUCCGGGCACAGCUGACUGGGAGGCCGAUGCCAGGGCGUUCAACCAACGACUUCAAUAUACACCAGCCGCAAUCGCCGUCCCAACAACCGUUGAGCACAUACGCGCUGCCGUUUCUUGUGCCGCGAAGAUAGGGGUCAAGGUGAACCCAAAAUCCGGCGGGCACAGCUAUGCAUCCUUUGGUCUGGGUGGCGAGAAUGGUCAUCUUGUUGUGCAGCUCGACCGCAUGAACAACGUCACGCUCAACAAUGCCACUCAUAUUGCGACAGUCCAGCCAGGAGCACGGCUGGGCCAUGUGGCGACGCUUCUCUACCAACAGGGGAAGAGGGCUUUCAGCCACGGGACAUGUCCUGGCGUUGGUGUUGCCGGGCAUGCACUACACGGCGGCUUUGGCUUCAGUUCGCAUACAUACGGCUUGGCUCUCGAUUGGAUAGCCGGCGCAACUGUGGUGCUCGCCAACGGGAGUGUGGUUGAGGCUUCCGAGUCCGAGAAUCAGGAGCUCUUCUGGGCUCUCCGAGGUGCCGGAUCCAACUUUGGCAUCGUGGCAUCCUUCCGGUUCAAGACGUUUCCAGCACCCCCCGAGCUAACGACCUACGAAGUGAACUUGCCGUGGAGAAACGCUUCUGCCAUGGUCGCGGGUUGGGCGAGCCUCCAGGACUGGCUCAGCACUGGCGGAAUGCCCAAGGAAAUGAAUAUGCGCCUUCUCGGCAACGGGUACCAGACUGUGCUGCAGGGCAUGUACCACGGCAACUCAACUGCUCUGCGGACAGCGAUCCAGCCCCUGCUUACCAGGUUGAACUCGACACUCUCGAACGUUGAGCAGAGCGAUUGGAUGGGGGCCUUCUCACACUACUCCUACAGUAGGACGAUUGACAUUACCGGUCCAUAUAACCAGACCGAGACAUUCUAUUCCAAGAGCCUAGUCACGCCGGCGCUCCCCCCAAGCGUUCUACAGAACGUCGCCGAUUACUGGGUCCAAAAGGCCAGAAGAAACAGCCGGUCAUGGUACAUCAUCGUCGACAUGUAUGGCGGGCCGAACUCGGCCAUCACUAGGAUGCCGGCCAACGCCACUUCUUUCGCGUAUCGUGACCCUGUCCAGAACCUCUUUCUCUAUCAGUUUUACGACCGAACAAUGUGGGGCUCGUACCCGUCCGACGGUUUUAGCUUCUUGGACGACUGGGUCAAGAGUUUCACCGACGGCUUGAACGCGACGCAAUGGGGCAUGUACAUCAACUAUGCUGAUCCCCGGAUGAACCGCACACUGGCGCAGGACGUCUACUACAGACAAGGGCUUCAUCGCUUGAGCCAGCUCAAGAAGCAGUUUGACCCGGCCGAACUGUUCUACUACCCCCAGGCCAUUGAGCCGGCAACUGCGUGAGGUAGCUUUCAUAUCAUUCAGUAGAUAGAUAGAAAGUUAAUUGCCAUUGAAGACUAGUUGCACCGUUUCAACUCAAAAGAAGAGCGAGGGUUAGGAAUAUUAGUAAAAUAGCUCUAAAUCUAAGUAGUCGAGAGCCUAGUGAUAGAGUUAGUUGAAGUGGAAGAAGAAGAAGCCAUUCUGACGAAUCUAUAAUAUUUACGUUGCUAUAGGAAGGAAACCGCUAUUGUAGGAAGGAAGUUGUUACCUAAUGUAGGAAGGAAAUCAAGAUAGUUGGCUACUCUUGAUGGCUGCACUGGGCUGGAAGGUCGAAAGGUUAGGCACUUAUAUAUAGUUAGGUAUAUAUAACCCUAACCCUUCGGCCGUUUCUCCCUUUCCCAAAACGGUUGCGAACACGGCGGAAAUUCGA